UUGAAGUUAUUACUUUGACCGCACAGAUCAACUACAGAAAAACUGUUUUAACAUGGUGAAACGUUUCAAGCUUCGAAUAUCCCGACUGAUCACUCCUUGUUUUCGACCAUGCCGCCCCAAACAUCCCUCCACCCCUCUCUCCGACGUCGACGACGACUUCCUCUGGAAAAAGGAAGACAAAUGGCACGUCAUAGCCAAGGCCUGCGACGACAACACCGCUCCUUCUCGCCGCAAAAUCUACAACUCCGCCGCCUCCGAUGAUUCCGGUCUCGACGACGACUCAUUCCCUCUUCCAUCAACGAAACGGCGGUAUAAGAAGAAAAGGACAACCCCUAGUGGUCAUAGUCGUCUGAGUCGCAUCAGCACUUCGUCGGCUGAUCGCGGCUGUGGUUUGCUCAGCAGCGACGGCUAUGCCGACGAAGAAGAAACCGAAGCUCUAGUUUCGUCUUCAAGAAUCGAGACGCCGCCUCACGAAGAGCAAAAGGUGAAGAGGAGGAAGAAGAAGAAGGCGGUGUGGUGGGUGGCGGCGAGGGUGUCGGCGUUCGAGGGAACGAUGGGGUGGAGGGUGGAAGGGAAGGUGAGAGAGAGCGUGGCAGUGGUGAAGAAGUCGGAGGAUCCGUAUAGUGAUUUCAGGAGGUCGAUGAUGGAGAUGAUAGUGGAGAAGAAGAUGUUUGAGCAGAAAGAUUUGGAGCAACUCUUGUGCUGUUUCUUGUCCCUGAAUUCCACUAAAUACCAUCCCGUCAUUGUUCAGGCUUUCUCUGACAUUUGGGAGACUCUAUUCUGCUUCUGCAUCAACAACAGCUGAAUUAAACUUUGAGUAAAUUUACUUUUUAUUUGCUCCAUGCAUUUUAUUUCUUAAAGAUCCGUGUGUUGCUGUACCCUAUGUCUUUUGUAGUGUAUGGGA